AUGGCACGAACGUCGUACAUGGCAUUUCGACUACGGUUAUUUUCAACUUUCCACUAUUGUUCGAAUCAAUCGAGUUCUGCUACUGAUGUUGUUGCUAGUGCACGUUCUUCAGUCAAUGGCAUCGCACUGAUCAAGAAUGAACAAACUCCAUUUGAUCAACUCGCCACAUUCACAUCCGCCUCUCUCGAGAGCAUUCGGGCCAAACUCCACCAGAAUAAGUUUGUAUAUCCAUAUAAUGCUUUAAACGAUCUCGACACGGACGCUGCAGAUGCACUCGUGGACGAUUUUCAGUCCGCCUUGAUGGACAAGUACAACGGGUUCUUGAAUAGCAAAACACCACAGUUCGAUCAGCUAACGAAUAUCACCAUCGCUGACUACCUUCGGCCUCGUUUGGUCAACGCAUCGCCGAUGUUGUACCUGGUCUAUCUCAAUCGAUACCCAGACCAUUUGGCUCAAUUGAAAGGCUACAAGUCCAAGCAGGAUAUCUUGGAGGCAUUGCUUAUUAGUCUUUUGUAUCUGCAUCACUCGCGUCGGAUACUUCAGGCACUUCCCGAAUCAGAUAAAACCGAUAUCAACUGGGAUAUUGGAAACCCUGCUGAAUGGUACCCUCAGGCCAGAAAGAUGAAAAGAAAAAUCAUAAUGCAUGUGGGGCCAACUAAUAGUGGAAAGACAUACAACUCGCUAAAGGCAUUUGCGGCUGCCAAAUCGGGCUAUUACGCUGGACCCUUGAGACUUUUAGCGAGGGAGAUUUUCGAGAAAUAUCAGAGCCAAGGAAUCAGCUGUAAUUUAAUUACAGGAGAGGAGGUGAUCCCAUCGUUGGACGAAUUUGGGAAUGUCACCAACCUCUCUUCGGGUACCAUUGAAAUGAUCCCAUUGCACAAGAAAAUGGAUGUGUGUAUCAUUGACGAGAUCCAGAUGAUUGCUGACGAAAUGAGAGGGUCUGCGUGGACGAACGCCGUGUUGGGAGUUCAGGCCAAGGAGCUUCAUUUGUGUGGAGAGGAGAGUGCCGUUUCACUCAUCAAGGAGCUUGUCAAAGCUACCGGAGAUGAGCUACUGGUGAAAAGGUACAAUAGAUUGGGAAAGCUCACGGUGUGUCAGGAUCCAGUGGGCAACUUCAAGCGAUUGCAGAGUGGAGACUGUGUGAUUACUUUUUCCAAGAAAAAGAUCUUGGAAUUGAAGUGCAGAAUCGAGCAAGAAACGUCGUAUAAGGUUGGUGUGAUUUACGGAGCACUUCCGCCGGAAAUCAGAUCAAGAGAAUCUGCCAAGUUUAAUAACGGCGAGUACGACGUAUUGGUGGCAUCAGAUGCCAUCGGGAUGGGUCUUAACUUGAAAAUCAAAAGAAUAGUCUUUUGGUCCACCACUAAGUUUAACGGAACCGAGAUGGUGGACUUGAGCAUUUCAGCUACCAAGCAAAUCGCAGGCAGAGCAGGCCGCUACAACCCCAAUGGUGGUGAGCUGGAAGGUUUCGUCACCGCCUUCAAUCGAAAGGAUUUGAAAUACAUCCAGAAAACAUUGCGGAAGCCCAUAGCAGAUAUCAAGAAAGCAUGUAUCUGGCCACCCACAGAGUUUUGGAUCCACUAUAUGUCAUCGUUUCGACUGCCCAUACCGCUAGUGGAGGCUGUGUGGAGAUUCGAAGGUGAAGUGCUGAAGAUUAAGAUGAAGAACUACUUCCUUAGUGAGUUUGAGCACCAAUCGCAGAUUCUCAAUUUGCUUGUUAAGAACAACUUCCACGAGACCAUGACCAUUGAAGACCAAGUUAAACUUGCAUUGGUACCCAUGAAUUUGAAUUUUGUUGCUCCUGUUGUUGUUGAAACAGCACUCAAGUUCUUUGAGUGUAUUCUGACAUGCGAGUCCAAGACCGUUUUUGACUUCAACUUUUUGCAUACCACGCUCCUUGAGAGUGACCUGACCCUUGCUACUUCGUAUGAGCGGGCUUUCAGUACAUUGGAAGCGUUAGAAACCAAUCACAAGUUGGUUCUUGUGUUCAUGUGGCUCAGUCAACGGUGGCCUACGCUUUUUAUAGAUAAGGAGAGUGCCCUGGACAUCAAAACACUCAUUGAGAAGCGUAUCAGUGAAGAGUUACUUUGUUUAAGAAGGGUAGCAAAGAGAGAUCGCCGAGGUGGCCGUCCCCUGAAGAAAAGGUGA